CGCCGAGCGCUCGGCCGCCGGGCGCGGCUCUGGGGCGCCCCCGCGCGGACGGGCAUGUGCGCGCCCCGCGGGCAUGGCCUCGGCGGUUUUUGAGGGCACGUCGCUGGUGAACAUGUUUGUGCGUGGCUGCUGGGUGAACGGCAUCCGCAGGCUCAUCAUCAACCGGCGCGGCGACGAGGAGGAGUUCUUUGAGAUCCGCACCGAGUGGUCGGACCGCAACGUGCUCUACCUGCACCGCAGCUACGCCGACCUGGGCCGCCUGCUGCGGCGCCUCGGCGACUCCUUCCCCGAGGACCGGCCGGCGCUGGCGCGCUCCCCGCUGCUGCCAGGGCUGGUUGCCAUAAAGGAUGCCCAUGAUAUUGAGACCAGGCUUAAUGAGGUGGAGAAGCUUCUCAAGGCGAUCAUCAGCAUGCCAUGUAAAUACUCCAGGUCAGAAGUUGUGCUCACCUUCUUUGAAAGAUCUCCUCUGGAUCAAGUGUUAAAAAAUGAUAAUGUCCACAAAAUUCAGCCCAGCUUUCAAAGUCCAGUCAAAAUAUCAGAAAUCAUGAGGUCCAACGGCUUUUGUUUAGCAAAUACAGAGACAAUCGUCAUUGACCACAGUAUACCAAAUGGGAAGGACCAGCACCUGGAUGUGGACUCAGCAGAGCACCUGUUUGAGAAUGGCAGUGAGUUUACCUCAGAGCUGGAGGAUGGUGAUGACCCGGCAGCCUAUGUCACCAACCUGUCCUAUUACCACCUGGUCCCCUUCGAGACAGACAUUCUGGACUGAGCGCUCAUUAGUGCCUUUGCCCCACCUCAGGCCUUUAUUGCUCAUCUGCUGCUGUCCCUCUGUGCUGGAUGUCAAGGGUCAAAAGUGGCCCCCCAGCCUCGGGUCAGAGACGAUGCCUGUGAUAUCCCAGGUGGUCACUCUUCUCCUCAGAGCCGACAGGCGUCACCUGGACACAUGCCCAGCGGGGACUGGAGAUGGGAGGGCUGCAUCCUGUGAGAGGACGCCCGGGACUCCUAGUUGUCGAUGGCUGAUGGCAAAGACUCCAACCACUAGGAGUCGUAGUCACAGGACACCCACACCGCUGGCUGCUUUGGAGGGUCUUGUCUCUCCUCAGCACCACCAGUCUGUUCUUCCUCUCUGGGGACCCACUGGCGUGCUCGUCUGCAACACCACAGCCAGUGCCCAGAGGGCUGCCGGCUGCUUUGGAGGGGUCUUUUCUCUCCUCAGCACCACUAUUCUGUUCUUCCUCUCCAGGGACCCAUUGGUGUGCUUGUCUGCAGCACCACAGCAGCACCCAGAGGAGCAUGCCCUUUGUAGGCAGGUCUCCACCAGCUGUGCCAACUUUCUGCUUUCAUUGUCACUCCUUCCUGAGGAGCAGGGGUCAGCCUGGCCACCCCCUCACUCCCCACCAUUCACUCACAUGUCAAGUGCACAAAACAUUUCAAGGGAGAUUUUGACACCUUGCCAAGCUCUGGACGACAUAGCCAGGGAAUAUUAAGUAAUCUAGGAUUUCCCUGGGAACUGGGGUUUGUGGCUUUCUUAGUGUUUUUCCUCUUUUGUCUGGAAAAUGGCCUUUGUGUCAGCCUGAAGGCGUGUUUACAGAAGGCCAAUCACUAGUGGGAGUACAGUCUGGGGCGGGCAGGGGGGUCAUUGGCGAUGGGGCUGCCCACGUCAGCUUGGACUGAGAGUUAAUGACACUCUUUUGAAGAGUGGCUCCAAGAAAAGGAGUUCCUUCUGGCCUCCUAGCAUCUCCUCAUCCUUCGGUGUGGAGGAGUGGUCUGAUGUCCACCCCUGCGCUGUUCACCAGGCAUUCAGUGAAGCUGUUUCAUAAUCAGAAUGAAAGGAAUCGAGUCCUCCUUGCCCAUAGAGGAGGGGCUGGGUGCUGUGGGCUUCUCUUCUCAAAGUGUCUACUAACAACCAAUGCUUGCUAAUGUAAAUAAUCAUAAAUUAUUGACAGUCUUAAUUCUCUUACACAGUCUGUUUUUUAACCUAUUUUAAUGAAAUAAAAUAUAUUA